GGGAAUUGCCGGAAAGAGCAAACAAAAAAGGCGCUGGUGUAGGCUCCAAAAUAAACACAUCUGAAUUCAUGAUGGCAUCGACAGAGGCUCUUAUUGGAUUAAAAGUUUCAAAACAGACCAAAACGCUUUGGAAAAAGGGUUGAAUGCCUGCCUACAGCCUCAGGCACGACCAUGGAGAAAGGUGGGAACAUACAACUGGAGAUCCCGGACUUCAGCAACUCUGUCCUGAGCCAUCUAAACCAGCUGCGCAUGCAGGGCCGUCUCUGUGAUAUUGUGGUCAAUGUGCAAGGACAAGCUUUUCGGGCGCACAAAGUGGUACUGGCUGCCAGCUCACCCUAUUUCCGGGAUCACAUGUCCUUAAACGAGAUGAGUACUGUCUCCAUUUCGGUCAUCAAGAACCCUAGUGUUUUUGAACAGCUCCUCUCCUUCUGUUACACGGGGCGGAUAUGCCUGCAGCUGGCAGAUAUCAUCAGCUACCUGACGGCCGCCAGUUUCCUGCAGAUGCAGCAUAUCAUCGACAAAUGUACACAGAUCCUGGAGGGCAUUCAUUUCAAAAUCAAUGUGGCAGAGGUUGAAGCCGAAUUAAGUCAGACGAGGACAAAGCAUCCAGAAAGACCUCCAGAAUCUCACAGGGUUACACCAACUCUAAACCGUUCCCUUAGCCCGCGGCCCAAUACCGCAAAGGGAAACCGGCGAGGUCAGGUUAGCGCUGUGUUGGAUAUCAGGGAGCUCAGUCCUCCGGAGGAGUCCACCAGCCCUCAGAUAAUUGAACCGAGUUCUGAUGUAGAGAGCCGGGAGCCCAUCCUUCGAAUCAACCGAGCAGGACAGUGGUACGUGGAGACGGGAGUAGCAGACCGAGGGGCCCGCAGUGAUGACGAAGUCAGGGUCCUUGGAGCAGUGCACAUCAAAACUGAGAAUCUGGAGGAGUGGCUCGGGCCUGAGAAUCAGCCUUCUGGAGAAGAUGGGAGUAGUGCCGAGGAAGUCACAGCUAUGGUGAUCGACACCACAGGCCAUGGUUCUGUGGGACAGGAAAAUUACCCUUUAGGAUCUUCGGGAACCAAGGUGGCCCGGCCAACAAGCAGUGAAAUUGACAGAUUUAGCCCCUCCGGCAGUGUUGUUCCCUUGACGGAGAGACACAGAGCCAGAAGUGAGUCUCCUGGGAGAAUGGAUGAGCCUAAGCAGCCCAGCUCCCAGGUCGAAGAGUCUGCAGUGAUGGGAGUAAGUGGCUAUGUGGAGUAUCUCCGAGAGCAAGAAGUAUCUGAGCGGUGGUUCCGGUACAACCCCCGUCUCACCUGCAUCUACUGCGCCAAAUCUUUCAACCAGAAGGGGAGCCUGGACCGCCACAUGCGCCUGCACAUGGGGAUCACGCCGUUCGUCUGCCGCAUGUGUGGCAAGAAGUACACCCGGAAAGAUCAGCUGGAGUAUCACAUCCGCAAGCACACAGGCAACAAACCCUUCCACUGUCAUGUUUGUGGCAAAAGUUUCCCCUUCCAGGCCAUCUUGAAUCAGCACUUUCGCAAAAAUCACCCUGGCUGCAUACCCCUGGAGGGGCCUCACAGCAUCUCCCCGGAAACAACUGUCACAUCUCGAGGACAAGCUGAGGAAGAGUCACCUUCCCAAGAAGAGACAGUUGCUCCUGGGGAAACUGCCCAGGGCUCUGUGUCCACCACUGGGCCAGAUUGAAACAUCGAGGGGGAGGGGGCAGACCCUCUUCCCCUUUGGGCCGUCAGCAGCCAGCAUCAGGGCCGUGGGCUGGUACUUAGAUUUACAAAAUGCCACAUCGCUAGGUCGGAAGAUGCUCCCAAGAUGUUGCCAAACUAGAGGAUCAGCAACAUACACAGAAGCACUAGAGGCUCUUCCCCUCCUCCUUCCCACCUCAUACUUUGGAAAAUAAUCAAGCAAAUCAACUUUCUAAUUCAGGGAUCAACAGCCUUGGUUUGUUAACUUUAUAAGAAAAAAUUUUUUAACAAAACAAUGAUAAAUGGUCAUUUAUCUACCAGUCAUGUUUGAACACUGUACUUUGGUCCAUAUCAUCCUGGUGGCUGUAAUUGCCCGGAUCUAAAAAAACAGCAGGAGCCUUGGUCAUCUGAACCAGCCAGCCACCAGAGAGAAGGAAGUAGUUGUGAUGGUGACAGGGAGGAGGUAUUUCUCCUCUUCCUUCCCUGCCAGAACAUGCAGUUUCACAUUUGAGGAAAAAAAAAAGUAUCCUGGUGGUUCUUACGGUUUUGAAAGGUCAGACCUUAUCUUUGCUCUGAUUAGGCAUCUGAUGAUACUUUGCCUGAUUGUUUCAUGUAAACCGCUGUCUUGGAGCGGUGUUCUCGUGGGCAGCAUCACCUGAAGCACUUUAGGCAACUGGAAGUGAAAUGAGCAGCAGAGUGUUCGCAGUAGGUUCUGCUACAUUUGGGGGCUUGAGUGUCCUAUUGAGGAAGAGGGGAGCAGGGAAGGAAGUGGGAUUUUUGUGCAAAUUUCAAAUGGCGCAGAGUACUGCAACUUCCUGGUCGGUGUUUUUACACCACAGUGCUUAAUUAUCUUUGGGUGUUAGGAAAUGGCUCUAGUCCAGAUGAAUUAAUGUGUUAGGCUGAGUACCAAAGUUUCAUCCAGUCUCUCUGGCUCCUCCUUUCACGUAACAGCAAUAUUAUACAUCAAAAAUGUCACUUUCCAGUGAAAUGAGCCUGGACUGUAUUUUUAAAUCUACAGGUCUCCAUAUUUGAUAACUUUUAUAUGAAGUUUUAAACACAUUUUUUCUGCAAUAUUGUGGUUGAAGAAAUUCAACACUACGGUUCUUAUCGCAACCACAAUUCCAUUUCCUUCUACAUAUGUGAUAGUUUAUAAUAUUUUCAAGCCAAUAGAAGAACCUCACUAAAUCCAUGUCUCGCGUCUGCAAACCUAGUAAUUCAUAAACCCACCAUCAGCAAAUUGCUGGUGACUCCAAGAGCUUUGCUUUUUAAUAAUACACUACAGGGCAUUCACCAGAAAACAUCAUGCACAAUCAUGUUGCAAUAAAUUGAUCAAGGGAUCAGUUUUGAUCAGGUUUGGUUACUUAAUCAUUCCUAAGAUUUUUAAAACUUCAAGGGACCUUUUUGGUAAUUCUGGGAAUUUCUGAGAUUCUUAAUCCAGCACUGAGAGUCAGAAAAAAUUUACCAAACAUGUAGAGUUUAGAUGCCCUGUCUCGAAUUCAGAGAAUGAAGGAGGAUUAGUAAGGGGUGCGGGCAAGGAGAUGCUUACAGUACAAAUAGAAAAGAGAAAAAUCCAUAGCUUCUCCUAAUUGAUCAUUAAUGUUUUAAGAGUUUUUAAAUAUGCAGUGGUUUAAGCAGUUGUUCUGGUGCAGAGGCGUAGAUGAUUGUAAAAGAGAUGUGGGGCGGGGGCGGGGCUGGUCGUGCCUGCAUGGGUGAGCCAUUUGUGAGAAUGUUAGUAGCAUGCUCCCUUCCUGAGAAUGCUUUGUGGUAUGUGGAAAGGUGGGUAGGAAAGAAUGGCAUUUCUUUGAUGAUAGGAAGUUAGAGUGCAAAGAGUAACUCGUAAGCAAUCUGCGAAUUGUACCUACACAUAAAGCUGUACCGUGUCACUGGAGAGUGGUUAUUUUCUCUUCUGGAAAAAUGUAGAAAUGCGUCUUUCAAUAGGAAUGUAAUGAUGCUACCAUUUGAUAAGAGCCUACCCUUACACGAUCUGCCGAAGCAGUCUUGUCUUUCAGAGACAUAGACUGGGGCACUCUCCUCUUUAGUUGGGCAACAGCACAAUAGGGCCAUCUUAGGGACCAGCUAUGCUCUGUGGCCUAGAAGUGGAUUUGAAAUGAGACUCAAAUCUUUAGGGAAACCUUUUUGCAGGUCAUCCAGGCUGUCUGUGGACAGAUUCAUUACUGAAUAGGCAGGAAGAUGAGAAGUACAGAAUAUGCUGCUGUCGAUGGAGCUUUUAAGCCUACCAAAAAAAUGUUAAGUCCACCCUACUUGUGAGAAGUAGUAUGCUGGAAAGUUCUUUAUGCUUUGUUAGUUUCUUAGAUUUUCUGUGAGGAAACAGAGCUUUUUUAAACUAUUACCAAAUUGUAAAGGUGAAGUGCAGUAAUCUUUGUCAAGAGAAACUCUGCAGCAUUUGUCAGUCCUCUGGCCAGGAUUAGCAACAAACCUCUUAAACAAGUAGGGACUGUUGAGCAGAUGAGGAAAUGCUGUGAGUGUUUGGUGGGUCCCUCUCCCUUGUCAUUCACUUGUCCUAGGUUUUCGCUGUAUUGAUACUGUGAAUAGAGUGCUACCCGGUCUUCUGGGACCACAGCAGCAUGUUUGCUGGUUCUCGCCUCUUAAUUGGCCUAGCCCAGAGCCAUGAAAUCCAUGAACAUACAAGCCAGACUAGCUUUUAAACAAAUUCAAGUUUCUGAAAGCAAUUUCCAUUUUAGCCACAAAGGCUUUUAUUAUUCUAAAUAACUAUCCAAGAUUCUUAUCCAGGUUCACUGUGACAUUGUCCUAGUUCUUAGCUAACAUCACUGUAGGGUCAUAGGAGUUCGUAGUGUUCUGUCUACAUUAAUGAAUAGCUGUAUUGGUGUAUGCACAGAGGAUACCUCUCUUAAGGAUGUACUAAAUGGACUUUAGCUAAUGCUGAAAACUCAUUACCAAAUCUUAACUUGCACAUGUCACCUUGUGAAGGGAACUGCAUUAGCAAUGAGAGCUAAAUCAUCAUUAAGUACUUUAAUGCCAUGAAAUAGCAAACACUGGGACCGUUUUCAUUCAUUGAGUGGCACUUAAUAGCAAAGGAGCUACCCAAUAUUCUCAGCAAAAGAAGAGAGACGGCAGUAUAUUAAUCUGUUUUCAUUCUAAGAGGUACCUUUUAUUCUCUCUGAACUCCGAUACCAGUAUAUAAAUAUAGCAUUGGCAUGAAUAGGAACACUGUACUUAGGCAGAAGGGCUCUUUCUAAUGACUUGUUCUCUCUUUACUCAGAACCAUAUUUACCUCUGAACCGAGUUGAGUUUUAUUUUAUGUAAUUUGCCAACUACCCCCAAGCCAUCAUUAUGCCAGACAGUUAAAUCUAAUCUUGAAUAAGUAAAAAUAAGUUAGUUCCUAAAGGAUAAGGAUUGGAAAAGAAGGGAGGCAGCAGUUGAGGAAAGUUUUCUUGUUAUUUUGUUUUUGGUAUUUUUAAAUGUUUCCAGUUCCCUCUAUAUCAGUGAAACAGAGUUUCCAAAGAUGUUGUGACAAUAGAGAUAAACCAUUCUCCUCCCACCUUCAUAGUUGAAAUCUGGCCUUGGUUGGAAGUGGUCUGAAGGAAGAGUAUUGAAAUAGUGAACUUCAUCCUUAGCUGAGUAGUCUCUGGUCAAGAAAUAACUUUAAAAAAUUUUAGCUGUUACUUGACACAAAUUUCGUUUCUUUUAACUAGUAAAAAUUAUAUUUUGUUUGACUAGAAGAUCUAAUUUAAAGAAAUAAAAACAACAGGUAAUGGAAAGGAAAUUCAACUGAACAAAGACUGCAGUCUUCUUAAUCCUAGUGGAAGGCAUUUAAUCAGGAAGGGGUUGGAAUCCUGGAAGUUUUUCUCUCUUCAGAUCCAACAGACAGGUGUUUGUUUGUUUUCUCUUCCUCAGAUGCUCUCCUCUUACUGGUUUAAGGCAUAAUAAAGAGGCCUUUAUUGAACUUGUCUUUGAAAACGGGGGCUCUUUACCUUUGCCAUUGGGAAGGGUGCACAAUAUUGAAGUAUUUUAGUUGCUGAGAUUUAGAAAAGGGACACCAACCUAUUAAGUCAGGUAAACUCCUGGGUUUGAGAGGAUGCCCCUUAGCAAAGUGUAUCCCUAGAAUUUAUGAAUUAGAUAAGGGUUCAGCAGACUGCGGCCCCCAGGGCCCAAUCCUGAGGCCAUCUGUUUGUCUAAAGAAAGUGAUGGUGGAAUGGGGCCACACCUGUUCUUCAGGUGUUAUUUCUACUGUGAUGGCAAGGUGGAGUGCUUGUGACUCAGACCACAUGGCCAGCAAAGCCUGAAAAUGUACUGUUUGUCACCUAACAGAAAAGUUUGCUAACUCCAGAAUUAGAUUUGAAAGAAUGACCUCCAAAUUUGUCACUCCGGCCAUUUUGUCUUUAUAAUAGUUUGGUUGAGGUUUUAAAUUCAUGUUGCCAUGUAUGCAUCAGUUUCUUGAAAGAGCUUGCCAUCUUUUUCUAGAUCUUUGUCUCAUAACCCUCUUUGUGUUCCUUCUUAAUGAUUCCUAUUGCUUUAAAAGCAUUUAGAAUAGCCUUACAAUCUGUCCUUGCCUUAAAGGUGCAGGUAGAUUAAAGUUUAGGAUAGUAGUUACGGAUGUAAGAAAAUAAUUUAAAAAAUAAUUCCCGUGAUAAUAAUGUAGGAUUAAAUGAGUACCAUGUUUACAUAAACUACUGUAAAAAAUUAAUGUUUUUGUAAGUUUUGCCAUUCCUCUGAGAACACUUGAACUGAUUUGCAUAAUGAUGGCAAGAAUGAAUUUUUUCCCAUUAGUAUAAAAAUUAACUUCUGUUAUGAAUAAGUGGUUUGAUUCUUACCCAAAAUACUGCUUUCUAGAUUAGAAAUCUCUACCCUUUCCCUGUACUACAAAUCUUCAUUUUCAUUUCCUCAAACUCACUCUGUUCCAUGUGGAGUAGUAAAAAGCCAAAUCUUCUUUCCUUCCUUUAUCUUUUUUUUUCCAAUGAAUGUUUUAAAACAUAAUGAAAUCUCUGAGGACUUCAAAUUCCUCUUAGACCCAUCUUACAAAUUCUGUUACUAUCAUUUUUCUAAAUAUAUACUGGGCCAUUAUUUAUUUGCUCUCUGAAUGUUCAUUCUUACUGUUCAAAUAGCUUAUUUAUGCCAGAUGUGCAAAAAAUGGAAAAUGUUAGGAUGAUUAUUAACAGAAUUCCUUGCAAGAGGAGAAUAUAAUUGUUCCGCAUCUGGAAACCAUGCAUAGACUUCUGAGUUAAAUUUAUCAGGACAAAAUGUUCUAGGCCAUGCUGACACAAUGCAAUGAAUUUGAUUCAUACUUUGUUGUCAGCUCAACCAACACAAACCAAGUUCGGAUGAGUGACCUAACCUCCAGUAACGCACCUCUCUACUAGGCAUUUUAUUCUUAAAGUUCCUUUUUUCUAAGUUGGAUAUUAGUAAGUUUUAUAUGAUAUGCCCUAUGAGUAAUAGAUGACCUUACCUGUAAAGUUCCAGAAUAUUUGCCUAGGUUAGAACUGCCUUGUCAUGGCACACUUAGAGUAAUACAGGGUUCUUGAGAUUUUGGAGUGUUGCUUUUCUGAAAAAUUUGGGAUUCUGAUUAAUCUGAGAUAUAGAACUUGUGAAAGCGAUUGAAUUUAGAGAGCCAGGUGAACCGUCUGCCAUUUCUAUGCAAAUGCGUUGAAAACAGUGUUGUUUGCCCAGCAUUAUAAUUUCUUUGAUAAUUACCAGUCUUAUGUUGUGCCGCCUUUGCUUUCUAGAGUCUGUUUCUCUGUUUUCAGUCUUCUCAUUUUUAGGUAGGCUUUUCCCAAGACCAGUCUUUUUACUUUGCAGUAAGUAGGUGUUUCUUGCUCAGGACAAGCCAAAGUUGGAUAUUAUGAGUCCCUUCAAACACCUGACUUAGUUACAUUCCAAAGGAUGUAAUUACUGACAGCCAACAGUGGUAUUAAAACCCGGAGGAUAUCGGCACAGACUCUCCAGUUUUCUCAUAUAGGCAGACUACCUUUUCCCUCAACUGUGAGGAACAGCAAUGACUUAAAAGGCAGUUAUUACUUGAAAUGUAUAGUGUCUUCACAGAGUACGUGCGUGAAUAAAUUUCUUCUCUCACAUCUUCCCCAUUAUCUAUAUAAUAAAUACUUCCCAUCUUUUUUUUUUUCUAGAUUUUAUUUAUUUAUUUGAGAGAGAGAAUGAGAGAGAGAGACUUCCCAUCUUAACAUAGUUAAGAGGGGCUGGCUCACUCAGAUAGUGGAAGCUUUAAGCAACAGAGCUAGGUUAUAAAGGCAGAGCAGUUCAUGACAAAUAAAACUCUUCUAAUGCUUGCUUCUUUCUUGUCCACUCAGUAAGUCCUGUUGAGGAGGCUAGAAUUCACCAUCCAGUUAAGGGAGAUAUAUGUGCAGCAUCUUAUAUGGACAACAGCACAAUUUAAUAUACUGUGAAUCUUAGAAUUUGCAUUAAUGCAUGAUGCCAAAAGUCAGAGUUUCUCCUGGGAAAAUGUUUCCUAUUCUGUGAAAUCACUUAUCUUAAGUGAUAAGUAGCAUACAGGAGAAUCUGUCCCAUAAAGUAAAUAUUAAGUACUUUUUGGUACCUGACCGUAUGCUUGGAAUUUAUAUAACAAAAUUGAUUUUAGACAUAGUUUAGAUGUGGCUUCCUAUACUUGAGAGUCCUGAAUCCACUCGGUUGGAGUCUGGAUGUACGCUUUUUAAAAGCCUGCACUUUUCACCACAGAGAUCAAAGAGAAGGGAACAGAAUUAACUGUCCUAAAUGCUUUAGUGGCAUAAUUGCAGUUAAUCCUCAGAAUAAUCCUGUGAGUUAAUAACAGUAGAACUAAAAAUGGUUGAGAGUUUUUUUGAAUGCUUACUAUGUGCCAGGCAUGGAUCCAUGUGUUUCACAUUGGUUAACUCACCUAAUCCUUACAGCAGUCCCAUGUGGGUAGACACUGUUACUCUCCUCACUUUAGAGAGGGAGAAAUAGAAAUUGAGGCACAGAGAGGUUGACCCAGGCCAUCUGACACUAGAGUUGACACUGUACUAGACUAUGUUGCCUUUAAGAAGUGUAAUUAUACCACAUUUUAUAGACGAAGAGAGCCCAGGGUUACACAGUGAAUAAAUUGCAGACCCAGUAUUUUCCAGUCUGAUUCCAAAGCCCAGACUCUCUCCACUACAUCAUAUUGACUCUGUUUACUUAUAAAGAGUUGGGGUGACUUGGAAUAAAGAAUAGUCAGUAACAGUACUGCUUUCAGUGAAUUUUUAACUCAAGAAAGCAUGAUUGGAAGAUUUCUUCAAAAGAUAGUGUCUCUGAGCAGAUGUUGAAUGGUGAAUAUUUUCUGGAGGUAUUGCCCAUUGAUUCAGGAGUCGCCCAUUUGAUAGAUCUAAUUGUGACUCAGUUCAGGUUACCACCAAGGCAAAAAUUGAAAGAUAGCAUUCUUGUAUAUCUAGCUUUGUAACAAACUGCCCUAAACUAUAGUGACCUAAAACAACAAUUUUAUAUAUCUUGUGAUGUUGUGAAUCAGAAAUAAAGGCUCCUCUAGGCAAUUCUCUUGUUCCCUGUGGUGAUGACUGAGGUCACCUGGUCGUAUUCAGCAGGUUGUUGGACUGGUCUGGAGUGUCCGUGCUGAUCUCACAUGCCUGACACCUUGCGGGAGGGCUAGAAGACUUGGGGCUCAGCAGGCUUCCUCUCCCUCUCUGGAGUCUCAGGGACUUUCCAUGUGGUCUCUGCGUCGGGGCAGUCAGACUUAUUAAAUGGCAGCUCAGGCCUCUAAGAAGCUGGGCAGAUGGUGCCAGGCCUCCAAGGCCAGGCUCAGAACUAUCAUAGAGUCACCCCCAUACGCUGUUGGUCAGAGAAGUCACUGGUCAGCCCAGACUCAAGGGGAGAGGAAAUACCACUUGAUGGCAUGUAUGUCAAGGAUUUGGGACUACUUUAAUCUGUCGUAGGUAGCAUUAGGUUAUUGAUUUCUCUGGGCUUUUCUGUGUUCAUUCAUUUGGGUUAGUUUGUGCCAUAGAAACCACUUAUGAUGUCUACCGUGGGUCAGUCAAGGAGCUAGAAAGAGAAUGAGACACAUACCCCAUAAAGGUUUCAUUAGCUAUCCACCCACUGAGUUUCACUUAUCUUAUAGCAAAAUUUCCAUUUCAUUUUUCUUUUGUUCCAAGUUCCAAGUGGUGAGCAUUUGCUGGUUUUGUUUUUUUUUUUUUUUCUGUGAAGCUACAGCAACUGUACAUACUGAGCCAGAAAUACCCCAGAGGGAGUAAAAAGCUUGCUGUUAUAGAAGUUUAUCUUUUAGAGAUGUCAACUGUAUUUAAGUUUACAAAAAGGCAAAAACUCCUGUGGUAUGGAAAAUUCAUAUGGCUACUAAAUCUCUUUCAACAGGAGUUUCUAUCGCGUGACUACAUGGAUCAUAUUCUUUAGAUAAUUGAAAACUUUGCCUGCAUAUCCUAGUCCCACCUUAACUGACACCACACCACCUCAGGCACAGUUCAUCCCAUUUUUUAUCACCUUUCAUAUGGGAAAAUUCAUUGCUCAAUUUAAUAUGUUGUUAAUCCUUUAAAAUCAGCAGUUGAGGGGGCGCCUGGGUGGCUCAGUCGUUAAGCAUCUGCCUUCGGCUCAGGUCAUGAUCCCAGGUCCUGGGAUCGAGCCCCUCAUUGGGCUCCCUGCUCGGCAGGAAGCCUGCUUCUCCCUCUUUCACUCCCCCUUGUUUGUGUUCUCUCUCUCGCUGUCUCUCUCUCUCUGUCAAAUAAAUAAAAAUCUUUUUUAAAAAAAUAAAUAAAAUUAGCAGUUGCUGUCAACCUGUCAUCUAAAGUAACAGAUCACUGAACUGUGAGGAUUUUUGUCAGAUUUAGGGUGCUUUAUUUAAACUCCUGGUGGCUGAUACUAGUUAGACUAUUGCUGUGACAGAAGAAUUAUGGGCAGAGAAUAAAUUCUGCUCUAAAAAUGAUCACCCCCAGACCAAUAUGCUUUGUAAGAGAAGAAAGAUUUGGGAUUAUCUAUUCAUGCCGUGGGCAGUGGGUUCCUGGAGAAUUAGCUGUGAAGGCUUCUUGCUGGUCAUCCCUAGGUAUCAGAGAGUGAGGAGGUCUCUGUUCCUUAGGUCAGGCCUCAGGAAUUGCAGACACAGGAAAGGGAGGGUACUCAGUGCUGAAGGCUUAAUAUAGGGCUCUACAAAAUGCUGGGAAGGGAAAAGGACUUUGGCAUUUGUAGUUGGAUAGCCAGGGAUGAAAUGUUUGAGGCAUUUAGGCAUCAAGAUUAGAUUUUAUCAUAUAAGGAUUGGGGCAAAUUUCAAUGAAUAAAAACAAGUGAGCCUUAACAUUUUCUUUUUGAUCCACAUUUCCACUCUAAUGUACCUCAAAGUCUGCUUUUUGUGACAGAGAAGCCUUUGAAAAUAUAUUCCCAGGGAAUGAAAAAUCUCAUGGUCAUCUAUGGAGAAGUCUCAUGUUCUGUAUGGGAUAGCUCUUUGGGCCCUCCUCUAGAUUCUCCGUGGCGCUUAGGUUUGAUAUCCUCUGCUGGUGGCAUGAGAAUGAAGUACUGUGGUCUUGAUUUGCAGAAGAGAACAGAGUCGGAAGAAAGGGAACCUGUAGAUUGAGAACAUAGUGAGUCUUUCCAGCAUCUCAGGCCGGUCACAGCGCCCUGCGGGAAUAGAAAUUCUUAGGGUUCAGAUUUCUGCUCUUAGCUAUGUCUUAAAGCAGAUGUUCGUGACAUAUUUGAAGAUGAUCUCCUGAGUUUCCUAUAAAGUAAUAGAGUCCUCACUGUAGUGGUUGUUUAAGAACCACUGCAAAAACAGAAUUACAACACAGGGAACAAAGCUUAAAAUGUGUUUCCUCUGGAAGCCGAGAUGCUCAAGCGGGUGUCACUGAGAGUGUGGCUGAAUUCUAUGUCUAGAACCGCUAUCAGAUAGCAGAGAUAUUUAGGAUUUAUAUGGUAUUUCUAAUAUUUUUACAAAAAUGAUUUUAAAUCAUGUAACUUGAAGUUUUAAAAAAUUAGCCUGUUUUCUUUUUGGAAAACUGGCCCAAUAAAAAUAACACUAAUAUAACUCAAUUGUAUAUGCAUGUGCAUUGAACACAGAGUGGUAUACUAAAGAUAGUUCAUGCAAAUAGCUUUUGUGGGAAGUUUGGCUAUUUUCGUAAUAUCUUUUUUCAUAAAUGUUUAUAAAUAUAUUUACUCAUCCACUAUGACCUUGGUAGCAUUAGAAGCAUUUGUUAGCUGUAUCAUUGAUUCUAAAAAAUCAAAUUCUUGGCAUAGUAGGCUGUGAGAGCUUUUUGUUGCUUUGUAUUUUGGCUAAGAAAAUUAUUUCUUGCACUUUCUAUUUAUAAAGAUGUUAUAACACAUUACACCCACUUAGUGUAGCUGUUGUUUAGAGACAAAAAAAAAAAAAAAAGUAGGUGUUAAAGUGAAAUGUAUGUUUAAAAAGCCUGGCAUAAGGAGGGACCUCAAAAUAACAAACUUGGCUUGCAUCUACCUGAGAAGGGCUGGGGUUUCAUAUCAAAUUUAGAGUGAAAGGAGCUGUUGGGGUAGGCGUGCUGUUGCUGCAAGUUGCAAUUUUAUCACGAGUUGCCAGCGAUGUGUGUGAUUUUAUGUGUGUGUGUGAGAAAAAGGUGUCUGAUGAAGGCAAAUAAGUCAAUGUAGAAUAGUCUACCUCCCAUUAAAGACUGAGCAUAUUCCAAGAUUGCCCUGUAGCCCUUUGGGCAGGAAGCCGCGUUCCUCAGCCACUGUCCACCUCGUCCUCUUUUGCACUCGCUUCAGCUCCUCUACCUCUGAGCACUUGGCUGAAGAAAGAGCGUGCUUUUUGUAGCAAGUGAAGGAAAGCCAGACGCACAGUCUAGAGGUCGCGGUAUCUCCUGGUCACGUGCAGAUGUUGGUCCUUAGCUCUGGUGUCGAAAUCCAACAGUGUCAGAAUGCUUCGGUUUAGUGCUUUUAUCUGCAGGCUUCUGUUUGGCAAGAGUAGCCAGUGCAUGUGGAAUCUUCCUGGUUUUUUUUAAAAACGCACCAAACUCCUUUUAAUGAAAUAUGAAAAUUUUGUUUGAGUCCUGAGCUGUUUUUUUGGUCAUUGCCAUUUGCAGUCCAUUACUGGGGGACCAGAUGACUAACCGUAUUUGCCCGACGGUGAGCCUUCUGCCAGUAUCUUGACACAGAGGAAUGCGUGACAUGGGUUUUUAGAUGACUUGUUUUGCUUUUAGUCACUCCAAAGAGACACUCCUGUUUUAAUGCCUCUGCUGUAGUCAGGAUGGCCUCACUUGAAUGUGCAGGUGUCAGGAAUCUGAGUGUCAGUAAUAAACUCCCACGAGGCACACCACCUAAUCUUUACAUUCGGUGUGAUGCUCGGCUGACUUACUGUUUGGGGCGCUUGCACACCGAGCCAUAUCAGGUUACCUACGUUUUGAACAUGUGUUCUGGCUUAAGAAGAACUCUCGGCCCUGUCAUAGAUCUCCUAUGGCGCUUUCCACCUUUUCAUUCUAAGGCACUGGCUGCUGGUAACGUCCAAACGGGGAUUCUCGGGUUAGGAGUGAGAGUGAAAAAGUGAUCUAGUCCCCAGUGUUUACAGGUUGACCUCUGUGUUCAGGUCCUAGCUGAUCAGUAUUUGCUGUCCUGGUGAUUGGGAAGGGCAAGCGACGAUACGGUGUGAAAUUCCAGUUAAUGAGACAGGCAUUACUCCUAGGAGGCCACUGAUCUAAGUCACCUCUGCCUGAGUACAGCGUGAGUCCUGGAGGGAGCUGAGGCAGGAAAUCAUGUGAGUCUACUCACCACACUGUUGGUUCCCUUCCUUUCUUUUCUGUGUGUGUGUGUGUGUGUGUGUUUAUUAAAGCACGGGGGAAAGAGCUGCCCAGCUGUUGUUAUUCUAACUGUAGAAUAAUUGCCAUUUUAUAAGCCAUGCUAAUAUCCUAGACUCAGGAAUUAACUCCUGCUUAGGAAACUUCUUCCCUCUGGCUUAUCUUUUUGUGCCAAGUCUGUUCUAGGCCUGUCCCCAGGUGUUUUGCUAUAACACAUAUUUAAAUGCAGACUUACCUAAAUCCGAAAUUUACUGUUGGCAGUGUGACCUGUUACAGCCAAAGUGAUUUAUUUAAAAACAAAACAAAAAAGUGAGAAAUGCCUAGCCAUGUCUUUGGGGUGCAUAUUAAAUCUGUGAAUCUGAGAGGAAGCAUGGAGUCUUACCUUUCUUCCCCCUGGCUUCAGUGAACACUGGCCUGAAUGCUUUUUAUUACAGAGCCAGUUAACCCUAAGCCAGUAGUUUUCCAUCUUGGCUGCGCAUUAGAAUCACGUGGGACAUGUAAAAAAUGACUGUUGCCUGGGGCCCCUGCCGGACCCUCAUGUUGAAUUGGUCUGCUGUGCAGCUUGGGCUUUAAAAGCUCCCCAGCUGAUCCUAGUGGGCAGCCAAGGUUGAGAAUCACUGGCCAGGUAUUCUUGAGUGGUCUCCAGCAGGAUAACCUCAAUCUGGUUCUUUUUGUGUCAUAAGAUACCUUUAUUGCUAUCCCAGCAUGGCUCUGAGUUUAAAGUGGUCCAAGGCUCAGGUGGUAAAAUGGAUCAUCCAUUUGUCCUCAAAGUAAUUCUGGAGAGAGAUGUUACCAUCCAUCCAGUUUCGUCUCUAUACCAAAUACAAGGUGUGCAUAAGUAAGCAAAACAGA